GACAACAGUACAGAAAGCAGACUGCUGGGGCUAGUGCAGCAUGGCAAAGAAAAUGCAUUAUUCUUCUACAUGCACAGAAGAAUGGCAAUCACUGGCAAUGAUGUAACGCUGCAUGAAAUCAUUCCUAUUUCAUAUGACUUUUCUGUUGUGGAAGUGUCCUCUCCAGAUGAACUUGCUGUGGUUGGAGCUGAUACUCGAGUAAGAAUAACAUUUCUUAAUGAGGAGAUUAAGCUAAAGUUACCUUUUGGCUCCCACACGCGCCUUUUUCUCACUGAGGUCAACAAAGCCUGGUGUGAGAAAAUACAUUGGUGUGAAAAAUACAAAUCCAAGAAACAAACAAUCUUAUAAAGAUGCUGGAGU